AUGAAUGUUAAUCCAUUAUUUUACGAAUGCAAACUUAUAAAGCAGGUUGUGUAUAAGCUGAAAAAUCAACUAGGCAGAACUCUACAAUUCAGAAAACUAAUGCAGGUUUAUAAGACUUUGAAAAAAUAUAUAUCAGGAGCAGAAAUUGAUAAUUUUGAAAAUAUCAUUGAAGAAGCAGCCAUGUCUCUAAUUGAUUUAAUUCACAGGAGACUUCUCACUCCUGCUUGCUCACUGAUUUUGUCUAUUUAUGCCAGAAUAUUUUGGAUAAUUAUACAUAAUAAAAAGACAAUUAAGAAAAGAAAAACAAAAACCAAAAUAAUCUCAAGGAGGCUAAAAAAGCUUGUAGGGCUAUCCAAAGUUAUUGGCAGCUUUGAGAUGAAAAUCAAAGAAAGCAAGUUUGAAGAAAUAAGAAAGUUCCUAGGUAAAUUAUAG